CGACACCUGGCACUGACAGCAGCAUAUAAAACCUGGAACGCGCAAGUUAGAGGUCCAGUUCUCUUACGGUCGACGGCAGUAAAGAUAUCCAUCAACAUGAAGUCGUUCCUGUCCCUCUCUGUGCUGCUCCUUGGCGUCGCCGUCAACGCUGCCCCGGCUGCCCAAGGAUCCUUCGGACUCGGCACCACCACCACCACCACCAGCCCCACCACCACCAAGCCCACUGACUCUACCAACAGCACCACCACCACCACUCUCAGCGUCGGCAGCCACCCCGUCCCCGUGCGCCCCGUGGCGCCACUCGCCACCAGCAACAUUAACAAACGCAGCCUAGAUGACGAUUCUGACUCUACUACCACCACCACCACAACCACAACCACUUCCGGUCCUUUUGUCCACAACUUCAAGACGUCUAGUUCAUCCAGUGAGUCAAACGAAAAUAGCACAGAAGUCCAAGACCACAAAUUCGGCUCCUCCUCCUCCUCGACCUCUGGAAGCGGCUUCCACCCCCUGUCCAGCUCCAUCUCACGCCCCGCCAGGGACACCUUCAACCCUAGUGUCACCACCCAUGACACCACCACCACACCUAAGGUCACCACUCCUGAGACCGACGAUAAAUCCGAAGAAGAUACCAAGACACUCAGCUCCUCCAGGUUCACACCCACCAAGUUGAGCAGCACCUCCAGUUAAGGUGGUCCACCUCGACUGAUCAUGGGGCCUCUUCCAGCACCGCCCCUCUCGUGGCUCGCCUGCAACACAACCAUCGCCAAGAAUGCUUCCAAGAACUUAGGCUUUCUGUCAGGAGCAAGGAAAUAACUCGCAUCAUACUAGAUCAAAUUAUGUAUGUGGCUGAAUACUGUUCUAAUGUCUUGGGUGGUGUUUCAUCAUCUACUUUCAGAAUUUUAGACAGCAUUCAUGCCAAACGAUUUGACGUCUGUCAGACCCAUUGGCAGCCUUCAAACCCUGCCUAAUGUGAACUGCCUUUUUUCUUUCGUUGUCUAAUUUAUUGAUUGCCGUUCUCUGGAAAUGGGUAGUGUUGCAAAGCCUUGACUGAUCGAUCCCCGUCGAAGUCACUUGGCCUCUGCAUGUCAUGCCUUCUGUGUGCGUGUGUAGAGCACACAGAGGCAUGGUCGUCUUCGGAUUCACGCAAAACGUCCUCCUUCCGUUCUCUCGACCUCCUCGUAAUCUUCACUGACACAACUCUCUCUUCUCUUAACCCUGUAAGUCGUUCCAUUGUUCUGUCUUAUACCUUCACUGUAGGGGCCAUGGCCUUGGGCCGUCCCGUAACUCCAGCACAACAUAAGCCGAGCCUUAAACCUGGACCCGGCACUGGAAUUUGCUUGUGCCACUGCCACUACAUUCCCCGGAUCAUUAACUCUUUAGAGUGUGAAAUGUUCACAACUCUGCCAUCAACACAAACAUCGUAUUGAUGGCCAUUUUGGUCACACUCCACAGAUUUAAGCAGUUGACUAAGUUGUCAUGCUUUCGUUGAUGCAAAAUCUUCAUCGUUACUGAGUUAAUUGUGGACACUGUGGUUAGUCAUGUGUCAUGUUACAGAACGAAUAUGAUGCAUGAUUUCCAUACUUGGAGUUAUGGCUGUGGACAGUUAACGGCCCAAUUGCUGUUAGCUAAAUAUUUAACAUUUAACUUAACCUUAUGCUUUGUUGCGUGUAAAUAUAUCAUGCAUGUUUGUGGUAUUCAAUAAAGCUUGCAUAUCA